CCCGCCGGCCGCUCGCACCGGGCGCCAUGUUCGCCGUGAAGCCGAAAGCCGUCAUCGGCUUCAACCUCUACUGCGGGGGCUCUCCGGGGCCGGGCCCCGCGGGGCCGGGGGCGCUGCCGGGCCCCGCCGCCGCCGCCGCCGCCGCCGCCGCUGCGGAGCCGCCCCGCGAGCGCUCCGGGGCCGCCGCCGGCCGCGCCGACCCCCCCCGCGCGCUGAUUGGCCGGGGCGCGGCGCCGCGCGCUCUGAUUGGCUGCGGCGCGACUCUCUGGCGCCCCGAGGAGGAGCUGGACGGGUGCGAGCCCGAGCCCGAGCGCGGCCCCGCCGCCGAUUCGCUGCCCGGGACCCCGCCGGGACCCCCGGAUGGGCUCCGGCAGGACUCGCUGGAGCUGAUCAGCCGCUACCUGCGGGAGGUGGCGGGGGAGGCGCAGCCCAGCAGCAAGAAGCUUUUUCCGGGACUCCUGGGUGGUCCCGACCGGCCCGGCGCGGCGGGGGAUGCUGUGAUGGAGAAGGCGCUGGAGACGCUGCGGAGGGUCGGUGAUGGAGUGAUGCAGAAACACGAGCUCGCUUUUCAAGGGAUGCUGCGGAAGCUGGAAAUCCAGCAGGAGGAGGACCUGCAGUCGGUGGUGGAGGUGGCUGCACACCUGUUCAGCGACGGGGUGACCAACUGGGGACGAGUGGUGACCCUCAUUGCCUUUGGAGCCUUCGUGGCCAAGCACCUGAAGAGCAUCAAGCAGGAGCAGAGCAUCAGUUCCCUGGCUGGGAUCAUCACGGACGCCCUGGUGUCGUCCAAGCGCCAGUGGCUGGAGAGCCAGGGGGGCUGGGAUGGCUUUGUGGACUUUUUCCGAGUGGAGGACCUGGAGGGCAGCAUCAGGAACGUGCUGAUGGCGUUUGCAGGAGUGGCUGGCCUGGGGGCCAGCUUGGCCUACAUGAUCCGGUGAGGCUGGAGCUGCCCAGGACCAGGACUUUGGCAGGGCUGGCACCCUGGGGCUGCAGAGCUGCCCACCCCUCGGGGCUGCUGGAGCUGGACUCCUGAGGAGUGACCUGAGGAGGACAUCGAGGGAUCCCCGGAGCAGCUCGUUCCCGAGGAAGAGGAAGGUGUGAGCCGAGGUUGUGGGUGCUGAUGGAGGAGUUGCUGCUUUGGGAGCCCGGUGUGGAGGAGCUGUUACUCUGCUUCCUUCGAGAGGAUGGUGCUGGGGGGCUCAAGUGGAACUUUCUUCACUUAGAUCCCGGAGGAACCAUCCGGGAGCUCCAGCAGCUCCUGCCUGGACUGAGGCCUCGGGGCUGGGCGAGGCAGCUGAGCCCGGAGCAGAUGUUUGAGGCUUGUGGUUGUGGGUUUUUUUUCUGGAAAUAGCACCUUCUGCUGCUGCUGCCCUGCCUAAACUUGCAGCUCUGUUGCUGGAGCAGAAGCACUGGAUGCUGGAAGUGUUGUGCCAGCCUGUAGCUGCUCCCAGGUGCUGCCAGCAGAGCUGUGCCACACCUGGGACCCUCUGCCUGGAGCCCCCAGCCCUUUCCUUGGAGGGGUCCUGGGGGUCACACCCAGCUGUGUCCUAGCCCCAAACAGCCUCUCCUGGCUGCACAAAGACAGUGGAGAAACAGCAAGUGCGUUUGGAAGAACGUAAAAAACAAAACCAAUGGGCUGGGAAGGAUGCAGAGAACCUGUAAAUGUCCAUAAAUCUGUAGAAUGUAUACAUUUUUACAGAGCUGACGACACAAAAAUGAGGAAUUCGUUCUGAAUGUGGGUGCACUGUGCUUCAUUCCUGAUGGGAAGUGGCAUUUUUGUGGCAAAGCCUCUCCUCCUGCCUUGACUCCACUCGAGCCUUUCCCCCCAGUGCUGGAGCAGCACAGCCAGGGAGGGUGACAGCAGCAGUGACCACGGCUGGCUGGCAGCAGCUGAUCUUUCUGUUUGUUUUAAUCUUUUUUUGGUCAUUCUUGCCCUCCUGGUGGGGGUGGGGAGCUGUGGAAGUUGAUCUGGCCACUUCCUUCUCUUCCCUUCUUCCUCCUGCUCCUCCAAGCCAUGAGCUGGGCAGAGCUGAUGUUUGAAUGUAAAACGUUCUGGGGCUGCCUCUGCCUCGUGCAGCUCCCUCAGGGCUGGCCCUGGGCUCUCCCCUCGGUGGCUUUGCUGCCCAGGGGGCUCUGGGGGGGCUGCACUGCUGGGACCCCGUCCUUGUCCCCAGGAUGUGACCUGGAGCCUGAGCCACGGCCAGCUCAGCAAUGGUGCUACAGCCAGGCCCUGCUUGUGUGCAAAACAAGCUGUAGUUUGGUCAAUAAAUGUUUUUUUGUUCUCA